AUUAUAAGUACCAAAAUGGAGCCAACACUAGAUUCUAAAACCAGCACGGAAUCCAGUAAAAUGGAUCCCGUUCAAAUAAAGGCGGCUUCCGCGCCCAUCGUCCCUCUGAAGAGUGACGAGACGAAGCUAAAGGUGCAGCUGUCAGCGCCAUCUUACCUAAACUCCUUGCGGGAGAACGACGCGCCUCCGUUUAGAAGGCCCGGGCGGGAGGCGCGGCCUCGCCUGCUGAUCGGGACUAUUAUGAACCAGGAAAAAGCCAUCGAGAUGAUUGCGGCUGCUGAUUCUGAUAAGGAGAAUGGGUUGAGGCGGUUUCUGGCCUACUUCUUAGUCGAAAAGAAGGUGACGCAGAACUUCAACAUGUCCGAGAAGUCGUUCCUUAUCGGGUUCCUUUCUGAAACGAUCGAGUACGCUGCGCGCCGCGACUUCAGCGCCUUCAAGCUGGCCGUACUCAUUACGCUGUAUCUCCACACGCACCUUUACUUCAAGUGGUACUACUGGCAGGCGCCGGCCUCCGUCUGGUUUUACUUCAAGGAGAUCAUGAUACGGCAUACGAUUGAGGACUCGCCAGACGGGCAGGAAGUGUUUGAGCCAGACGAGUGCUACGACAUCAUCAGCCACUUCCACACCGUGUACAUCGCCAACCUGCCGCUGGUCCACAUCCUGACCUUCGGCGCCCACCGGCUCAAGUUCUUGUGGCCGUUCAAGCCAAAGUGA